AUGGCCCGGAACGACCAUUAUUUUAAACAUGAAUCGCCUCCGGCAAUCGGGACCUUGAGGAACCUUAAAUCUUUUAUUAUUUUUUAUUUAUUGCUCUGUUAUUUUUUCCUCCCAGCGCCGUCUCGCGGACCAGUCCGAGCCAGCGCCAAUGAAGUCGCUAUCUUCCUGCGGCAAGUGGCUCCCCCUAGCGUCAACGGCGGCUGGAAAGAGUCCGGCUUCUUCUCGGGAAACCGAGUUCCCUCUCUCCGCCAAGACACCUGGCUGAUCGUCGUCUCCGAAGAGACCAUCAGGCACUACAGCUGGCAGGAGUGGACCCCAACCCUGGAGUCCCUCAAAGAAGGUCCCUUCGUAGAGGCCAGCCUCUCCUGGUUCGACGUGAACGAGCAGCUCCGCAAGCAGCGUGAUGUAGAGCAGAAACGGUUUAAUGACCGAGUUAGGCAGUUCUAUCUGGAGAAGUACGGCGAGAAGGUUCUGGUGGAGUGGCGCUCGAGUCAAGAUACUCCGAUCCCGGAGAAGGUCUUCCGCAGGUUCUUCUUCAGGAGGCGCUCUGAUGAAAACACCCAGCCGCCUUCUCUGGAGCACCAGGUCCGUCAGAGCCCUCUGGAGAGUUAUAAUCGAGAUGGUGAUGAUGAUGAUGAUGAUGAUGAUAAUCAAGAGACGUAUGUUGUCUCCUGGAUGCCGGAAACUGGAGGCUUGAUGGGCAACCAGGUCGUUGAUACUAAGUUCGCACAGAUUUCACUCCUCCCAGGGACCAAGUAUCUCGUCAGAAUCGCCUCCAAUGACGGCCCGGGAAGCUUCCCCAUUGAAAUUGACACCAGGUCCAGCUCCGUCGAUGUCUGGAAGGUAAAAAAAAAAAAUGAUGACGAUUUGCUACCCUGGGCGUUUCUCGCAGCCAUUGUUGCGGCGCUGGCCAUCAUUGUUGUCAUUGCCGGCGUGAAGAUCUUCAGACUUUCUAGGACACCUAAGGUUGUUCCUGAUGAAGAGAUUUCUUCAGCAAGGAGUCGAGUGAAGAUGAUACUUGUCCUCUUGUGUCUAUUGCCUUUGUUCGGUGGUUCUAAUUUGGUGGUCGCACCUGGCUACUCUUCCCCGGGAAUUUUUCUAGUGGCCACUGCAGGACUCGGUGCUCUGCCCAGCGGAUUCGCUGCCGGUCCCAGAUACGUUCCCAAAUGGAAGAAGCAGGCCUGCGAGAUCCCGGCUGCCCAGCAUCCUGGUUCCCAUUACGUCUGCGAUGAAGCGGGUGAAGUUAAAUGUCUUCCAGGAUGGACCGGGGACCUAUGCGAUGUUCCGCUCUGUCGAAAGGGCUGCGAUCCGCUUCAGGGCUACUGCCGAAGACCUGGAGAGUGUCGGUGCAAGCUGGGCUUCUAUGGAGAAUUAUGCGACAAGUGUGUCGCUCUUCCGGGUUGCCAACACGGUAGGUGCAACGUAAGCUUCGAGUGCGCCUGUGACCCAGGCUGGAAAGGAUUGUUCUGCUCGGAGCCGAUCUGCGACGCAGAUUGUCAUCCUAGCCAAGGAUACUGCGAGAAGCCCGGAGAAUGCAGAUGCAGGCUCGGGUGGCAGGGCCACAAAUGCAAGCAAUGCUCAGUUUUGCCAGGUUGCGUCCAUGGAACCUGCCAGGGCCCUCUCGAAUGUCGAUGUAAGCCCGGGUGGACCGGAAUCGUUUGCCAGACCCCGAUCUGCGCUCCGGGAUGCAGCAGAGAAAAUGGAGGAUGUCGCAGGCCCGGGACCUGCAGAUGUCGCGUCGGGUGGACUGGACAGAACUGCACUGAGUGUGUUCCCUAUCCUGGAUGUGUUAAUGGGGGUUGUAGGAGACCUUGGGAAUGCAGGUGCCAGCCAGGGUGGACUGGAGACCUUUGUGAUGAGAAACUUACGUUCUGCGAUGAUCAUCCUGAUGUUUGUCAGAAUAACGCGACUUGCGUUAGUAUGACCAAAGAAGAUGGUGAUUUUAGAUGCAUAUGCCCGAUAGGAUUCACCGGCCGAAAGUGCCAGAUCCAAACCGUGGAACCAGCGGCCGACUUAAUGCCCCCGAUUCCCGAAACAGCAACGAUACCGAUGAAUUCUACAGAGAUUCCACCGGAACUUUCAACAACUGCCUCUAAAAAUCGGACCACAGUGUCCAUGGUGAAUUCCCACCAAGGACACUGGGAUGACGAGGUCACUGAGAAAGUCCAAGGGACCACUAUUGAGCCGCUUGGUCCAAUAAUGGUCACAGAUCCUUCAACUGUCGAGCCGGCAGCGACUGCUGGUAAAUGGCCCAUUGAACUCGAUGAUGAUCCAAUUAUCGACAGCGAUAUUGAUAAUGAAGCUUAA